GGCAGCAGGCACCAAUCGGGGAAGGAGGAGAGCGAAAAUUUAUUUUAUUUACUUUGCCGUCGCAGCAGUCGAAUUUGGGGUGCGCCCAGAAAGGGUUGUGUCGUCUGAGUGGUUGUGUUUUUGUCUGCUGCAAGCGGAACAGGUGGCCGACAUGGUUUGCAGUCUCUGACGAGCAGAGAAGAAAAAUGUUGCUCCUGUGGAUUUUUGGAAUUGUUUCGGCCGUGUCGGCCCUGGAAGGCCCUAAUGUGUGCACCAGGCAAGAGAGUUAUCCAACUACCGUGCGGGUGUCUGAGUCGAAAGCCUACCAAGUCCGAGAAACGACGUUUUGCUUCAAUGUACCUCCCAAGUGUUCAAAAUACAGAAUUCAGCACAAAACGAUCUUCAAGACGCAGACUAUCAUGAAGAUGCGUCCUGUUGAGGAAUGCUGCCCAGGCUACGUGAAGCACAACACCGAAGAGCGGUGUUUGCCGGUGUGCUCAAACGGGUGCGAGCAUGGCACCUGCGUGGCCCCUGACCAGUGCCAGUGUUCGCCUGGCUACGGCGGCCGCGACUGUCGAAUCUCGUGCCCCGAGGGGCGGUGGGGCGGCACGUGCGAGCACCGCUGCCAGUGCGUCAACGGAGCAACUUGCGACCCAGCCACCGGCGCCUGCCGCUGCAGUCGUGGGUGGAGAGGCGACCACUGCAGCCUCCAGUGUCCACCCACUCACUAUGGACAGGAUUGCGCUGACAAAUGUCGUUGUAAAAACGGAGGUGUGUGUAAUCACAUAUCCGGCGCAUGCACGUGCCCACCUGGCUGGACAGGACCGCUAUGCGAGGAAAACUGCCCAGAAGGGACACACGGAGAAAACUGCAAAAACGAGUGCCAGUGUCAGAACGGCGGUACUUGCUCCCCUGACACCGGUCGGUGCCACUGCACGCCUGGUUGGACCGGAGAUGUUUGCGCUAACCGUUGCCCGCCAGGCACCUGGGGCGUCGACUGCUCCAAAUUCUGCGACUGCUACAACGGAGCCGGCUGCCACCAUGUCACUGGACAGUGCGACUGUAUGCCUGGUUUCUUUGGAGACAGGUGUUUGCAAGAGUGUCCAGAGAACAUGUUUGGACCUGGAUGCCGCAACAACUGCACAUGUCAAAAUGGUGGCCGCUGCAAUAUUGUGACUGGUGAGUGCCGCUGCUUGGAGGGCUGGACCGGCAAGGACUGCGAUGAGCGCGCCUGUCCGCAUGGAAUGUACGGGCCGCAGUGCCAAAAGCAGUGCCAAUGUGUGGUAGAGAACACAGAUAUGUGUCACCCUCGAACCGGUGAAUGCACUUGCAAGCCAGGAUGGGAUGGAUCGCUAUGUUCUCGUCCUUGCCCGCUUUACAGAUAUGGGCCCCAGUGUUUAGGAACUUGUAUUUGCCAAAACAACGCCCACUGCAAUCCAUUCAACGGCACAUGCUCUUGCGCCCCAGGCUUCAGAGGCCGGGACUGCAGUGAGCUUUGUCCCCGAGGCUUUUUCGGAGGCGAAUGUCUUGAAAAAUGUGCAUGCCGCAACAAUGCCAAGUGCUCUCCAGAGGACGGGCGUUGCACCUGCCCCCCUGGUUGGGACGGCAUUUAUUGUGAGAAGCCUUGCGCCGUCGGUCUCUAUGGCCCAGGCUGCUCCAUCAAGUGCAACUGUCUGAACGGCGGCGUAUGCCAUCCAAUAAACGGCACGUGCGAGUGCCCACCUGGCUUCACUGGCUCGAUGUGCGAAUCCAAGUGCCCGAUUGGGUUCUUUGGAAAGGACUGCAAAACCCCGUGUCGCUGUUCAAACAACAGCCUCAGCUGCGAUGCCCAGACCGGCCAGUGCAACUGCAUGCAGCCUUUCAACGGAGUCGAGUGCGAGACGAAAUGCUCUAUUGGCAGGUGGGGCGAGUACUGUGAGAGAGAAUGUGACUGCAAUGGAGGAUCGUGCAAUCCGUCUUCUGGGGCCUGCACCUGUCCGCGCGGCUACGAAAGUAUCAAAUGUGACAUUCCCUGCCGGCCAGGUUGGUACGGCGCUGGCUGCCGAGAAAAGUGUUCUCGCAUUAACAUGCAGUGCCACCCUGAGACUGGUGCUCUCACCUGCCCUGCUGGCCUUUACGGUCUGGCCUGCUGGAACCCGUGUCCUUCAGGCACCUUUGGACAGGACUGCAAGAACGAAUGCACUUGCCAAAAAGGGGACUGCGAAUCUGUUACCGGACAGUGUUUAUGCUACCCUGGCUGGACAGGCUCUACCUGCAGCUCGCCCUGUCCCUCGGGAACUUACGGCAUUAACUGCACCCAGACCUGUCAGUGCAUGAAUGGAGGGCAGUGCCGAGCGCAUGAUGGGUUCUGCAGAUGUCCUGCUGGAUGGACUGGAAAGAGGUGCAAUGAAAUUUGUCCUGAGGGUUACUUUGGUGAUCACUGCAUAAACCCAUGCGAAUGCGACAAUGAAAACUUCAUCUGCGACCCUGCCAAGGGCUGCAUAUGCAGAGCAGGCUUCUCUGGAAAAUCUUGCGGUGCUCCCUCUGCCUCCACGGUGCAUGGCGAUGAUACAAGCAGCGGUGGUAUUGGAAGUGCGGGGGCUGGUGUGCUGGUGGCCCUUCUUCUGGUGCUCAUCGUCGGAAUCGUGGUGCUUUACUACAGACGAAAAAUGAUGAAACUAAAGGGCGAGAUCGCUACAGUACACUACACUGCUGAGAAACAGGAUCCAGUAGAAACUGUUGGUGAUGACAUUUCAGAACGACAUCACUUUGACAACCCAGUGUACUCGUUCAACCAACCAGGAUUGCCACCAGAUCGUCUUCCACUGAACAAUUCAGGUCAGAGUCGCAGGGACCUUAAAAAUUACACUCACAAUAACUUCAAUGGUGAAGAGAGUGAAGAUGAUGCGAGAGGUGCUUGCAGUCUAAAAAACAAGAAUGCCGACUUAGACAACCCAAAUCUAGCAAAUCUUUACAAUAGCAUAGACGACUUAAACGGCACUAAAGUUGAGCACCUUUAUGAUGAAAUAAAACAAAAAGAAGCUGUUUUCACAGUGCAGAAUUUUUACAACACGAUAGAGGAGGAGUAUGACAGACUGGACUACAGCCGACCAGGCUCGUCUUACAGACCACAUUACCAGCGCAUGCCUAACAACAACAACAGCUGCGUUAACCGCGUCAACAUCGACGAGCGUAGUAAUUUGCGGCCACGCAGCCCCUCUGACAAUGUGUAAGACUGUCUGAUCUCGAAGCAAGAGGCAUAAUAAUUCCCCUCAUUUUCGAAUGUAAAUAUGAGAAAAAUCAAGCUUUAAAAAUCUUCAAAGGAUUAAAAAUGAGAGUAAUAGCAGCAGGUUAUUUAGCCAAAAGUCCUUUAAAACACGGAGAAGUGUGUUUCCAAUUCAAUUUCACAACUCAUUUACAACUAUUUAAUCUGAAUAACUUGGCUCUUUCCCAAUGCGUUUGAUAUUAUCAUUUUAAGAAACUCAUUAGCACAAAGACAGCUAGGAAAAACAUCCUGUUGCAUAUUUUCUUAAAUUGUGAUUAAUUUCUAACCCAUUUAGAGUGCUUUUGAUAUUAUAUUUCUUGGAAGUUUUUUUCUAUCUCACAGGCUUUUCGAUUGAACCCCUUGAAAGUGCAAUUAUUUUGCCAAAAAGCAAAAAGAACUAGUGUCCAGGAGACACUUAUGUCUUGUUUCUUCCAUAAGCAGUGCCAAAAAGGAUUGAACUUGCGCAGCCUGCUCCAAUUUUAACGAAACCCCUUUUUAAUAUACAACAUUAGCAUGAAAAUCUGUUAUCACAAAAAUUGUCCUGUACGAGUUGACCAGAUAGUAGCAGUUAGUCUUAAGGUCAAAUCAACUUUUCAUUCCUUACUCGUAUUUCCAAUUUUGAAUGAAUGCAUGACACUGAUUUUGUGUCUCAGUGCAGUGUCAUUUUAUUAAAUAAUUUAAUUGAGGGAUACGAUGUGUAACGAAAUUGUGUAAUCUGUGAUAGGACUUUUUAUUGCGUUCAGGAAGGUUUUAAUCAUGUAUUUACAAAAUUCAAUUUGAAUCAUGUUGAUGGCAGACAAAUUAUCAUGCGUGCUUGAUAUGAGAUCAUUUUUUGACAAAUUUCUCAUACAAUAAUGCGAACAUGAAAUUUUUGUUGUAAUUGAUUAAAUAUAAUAAUUUUAAUACA